AUGAAGUCUAUUGGGAAUGGACAAGACACAAGUAUAUGGGCUGAUAAGUGGAUUGUUGAUGAUUACCCAAGACGACCUAUUAACAAAGAGCUCUUCAUGGAUUUGAACCUCCGUGUUGCAUCUUUAAUAACACCGCAGGGAGAAUGGAACUUACCAAGAAUGCAGCAGCUUUUCCCUCCCGGUGAUGUGAUCCAGAUCAGCUCAUUUCCUCCGGCAGUUAAUCUUAAGGAUAGGUUUGUUUGGGCUUAUACUAAGGAUGGCAAGUACUCUGUUAAAAGCGGGAACUGGGUCCUAAAAAGGGAGGCUACUUCGAUGGAGGUGAUAUCUGAUAAUACUCAGGCCGUCAAUUUGAUAAAAGAGAAGGCAUGGAACAUAGUCACUGUCCCGAAAAUCAAGCUGUUUUUUUUGAGAGCUCUUUCUGGUGCUUUGGCAGUGGCAGAGUGUCUUCGACACCAUGGGCUACAAACUAACCCGAUUUUCUCACUUUGUAGAGUUGAGGAAGAAACUGUGUCACAUGUACUUUUUAAAUGUACUCUAGCAGCUCAAGGUUGGCUUCUUUCUAGUUUACCAGCUCCAGCUCAAGGAUUCUUUGCUUCGGUGAUGGACAACAUUCAACACCUUUUAAGUAUAAUGAAAGAUGAGAGUAUUCCUACCCAUAUCAGAACUGCAAUUCCCUGGAUCUUAUGGGAAAUUUGGAAAGCACGGAAUUCGACUCUUUAUGCAGGUAAACAUAACGAUGGCAACAUUCUGCUAGCUACAGCCUUUGAGGAGGCAGAGGAGUGGAUGCAACAACACCACAAUCUUACACGUGAUCAGCAUGUUGAGACAAGGAGAAGCCCACAUAAUGUCCAACGAUGGCUCAGGCCGGUUGUUGGUGUGUUAAAAUGUAAUGUGCACGCAUCAUGGGUUAAUGAUUCUGCUUUUUGUGGUGGAUCUUGGAUUUUACGAAAUCACAAUGGGGAUGCUCUCUUUCAUGCUUGA